CUUCGACCAAGACGGUUGUGUGUUGAUGAUUUCAGUUAAGUCAUGUUAUCGACUUCUAUUGUUGGCUUAAUCCUGCUGGUGGUCUCAACCCUGGCAAAGGACAAUCUGCAAUUGGCCUAUGAAUGGCGUGAAAUAGACUUUAAAUAUCCCAAUGCCGAGCAGCGUUGGUCAGCCAUCGAGAAGGGAACAUUUAAACCGGCUAAUGUUCUACCAUUUGGCAUGGAAAUCUAUCGUCAUCGUUUGUUUCUAACAUUGCCCAGAUGGCGUGAUGGUGUGCCAGCCACAUUGGCCUACCUUGAUCUUAAUGAUAACUCCACAAAUAUGCCUGCCCUGACACCUUUUCCCAGCUGGGAGGCUCACAGCCUUUUGGAACCAGAGCCAGAGCUGGUGUCACCUUUUCGCAUUCGAGCCGAUCGCUGUGGAAGACUUUGGGUAUUGGACUCAAGAAUUGCAGGAGUUCUAGAGCAAUCGAAGUUGUAUGGAACUGCACAAUUGUUGGUCUACGAUUUGCACAAUGAUAAUCUCUUGCGUCGUCACAUUCUGCCAGAGUCGCAGGUGAAACAGGGUUCUUUCUUUGCCAAUUUGGCUGUGGAGGAUGCGGAUUGUGAGAAUACCUAUGCCUAUGCUGGAGAUUUGGGUAGUCCCGGUCUAGUAGUUUACUCAUGGCGUCAGCAUGAAUCAUGGCGAGUGCAUCACCAUUACUUCCAUCCCGAUCCCAUGGCUGGAAACUUUAGCAUCAAUGGCAUUGAAUUCCAAUGGGAUGAUGGUCUCUAUGGUCUGGCUCUUUCGAAAGCGGAAACCAAUGGCUUCUCCACCCUCUACUUCCAUCCAUUGUGCUCUACCAUGGAAUUUUCGGUGAAUACUUCAGUGCUGAGGAACAAAACUUUGGCCACAUCCAUGGACAUUUAUAGAGAAUUCAAAGUGCUUGGCUCUCGGGGUGUCAAUACUCAAGCGGGUGCUGAGUUCUUAGAUCAAGAGUCUGGCGUAUUAUUCUAUAGUUUACCGAAUCUGAAUGAAGUGGCUUGCUGGAAGACCUCAAAUAAGGAAUACAAUCAUAAUACCCAAAGUCGUGUCUUUGUCAGCAAUGACAAAUUGAUAUUCCCCAGUGAUAUUAAAGUCGAUCAGGAACAUCGUCUCUGGGUCUUAUCAAAUCAAUUGCAGAGCUAUAUCUAUGAUGAACUCUAUCCGGGCUCUAUUAAUUUCCGCAUCUUUAAGGCAUCUGUUGAAGAAGCUAUAGCCGAUACAGGUUGUUCGAGUACGCGAAAAAUUAUUCCAGAUAUUAUUAAUCGUCUGGACGAUAUUCUAAAUACAAAGACAACUUCAGGUGCAGCAGCAGAAACAAUAAGUUCACUAUUGAUUCUAUUAGUCUUAAGUUUUGUAUUAUAAAUUGUAAUUUUUCUUUUUUUGAUUAAAUUGUAAAUGUUUAGAAUUUUUA